GCAGCCGCCACUGGACCUCAAGCAGAUCCUGCCCUUCCCACUGGAGCCAGCCCCUACCCUGGGCCUCUUCAGCAACUACAGCACCAUGGAAUAGGAGGGGAUGAGACCCAGAGAUGAGAGUGGAAUCCCAGGACCUGUCCAGAGAAGACGAGCCCACCUUCAGUCCUCUCAAGCGCUUUGUCCCCGCCCCCGCCCUCGGCCCCGCCUCCGGGGCGGGCUCUGGACCCAGCCGGCACCUCCUACCCUUCUCCCGGCCGGGCCGGCAGCACAGCCCCAAGCCGCCGGGGCAACGAGCGGCGCGUCCCCGGCCUGCCCGGCCUGGCCAGGCUCGGCCCCCCUGCCCGGGUCCGCCACCUGGGCCAUGGAGCCGCGGCCCCCAGGGUCCCGCAGGCCUGCCUCCACAGAUGGACCCUGUGCAGAAGGCUGUGCUCUCUCACACUUUUGGGGGACCCUUGCUCAAGACCAAGAGGCCCGUCAUUUCCUGUAAUGUGUGUCAGAUCCGCUUCAAUUCUCAGAGCCAGGCUGAGGCGCACUACAAGGGUAAUCGCCACGCCCGACGAGUCAAAGGCAUCGAGGCCGCCAAGACCCGAGGCAGGGAGUCUGGUGUCCGGGAACCUGGAGACUCAGCUCCCCCAGGCAGCAGCCCCCAAAAUGGGGAUGGCAUAGCCCCCCAUCCAGUUUCCAUGGAGAAUGGUCUGGGUCCAGCCCCAGGAUCCCCAGAGAAACAGCCUGGCUCCCCAUCCCCUCCCAGCAUUCCGGAGACUGCUUGGGGUACAACCAAGGGUGAAGGGGGGACUCCAGCUCCAGCUUCCCUGCCUGGGGGUAGCAAGGAAGAGGAGGAGAAAGCCAAGCGGCUGCUGUACUGUGCUCUGUGCAAGGUGGCUGUGAACUCCCUGUCUCAGCUUGAAGCUCAUAACAAAGGUACUAAGCACAAGACAAUUCUGGAAGCCCGAAGUGGGCUGGGGCCCAUCAAAGCUUACCCUCGCCUGGGACCUCCCACCCCCGGGGAACCAGAGGCUCCGGCACAGGACCGAACUUUCCACUGUGAGAUCUGCAAUGUCAAGGUCAACUCGGAGGUCCAACUGAAACAGCACAUCUCCAGCCGGCGGCACCGAGACGGAGUGGCCGGGAAGCCCAACCCACUACUGAGCCGUCACAAGAAGCCUAGGGGCACCGCGGAGCUGGCGGGCACGCUGACUUUCUCCAAGGAGCUGCCCAAGUCCCUGGCUGGCGGCCUACUCCCCAGCCCCCUGGCGGUGGCUGCGGUGAUGGCAGCGGCAGCAGGCUCCCCGCUGUCCCUGCGCCCGGCUCCAGCCGCACCUCUUCUCCAGGGACCGCCGAUUACCCACCCCCUGCUCCACCCGGCCCCCGGACCCAUCCGAACUGCGCACGGACCCAUCCUCUUCUCCCCCUACUGACCUCAACCCUGAACCCCUCCCGUUCCACCUGCCCCCCUUCCCCAAGCCGGGACCCAGGCCUCCGGGCUCCCAGCCCGCCCUUCCUCCCGGCACUCCCUGAAUGAUCUCUCCUUACCCCCCACCCCGAGAUACGGGGUUCCAGGAAUGGGGAGGGGUUAUGGGGGAGGGGGGCUUCAGAAAGGGGGGAACACCCCAGAUCUCAGGGAACCCCGCCCCCUGCCCUUCCUUCUCCCCUAGAAAAGGGGGGGCCGUCUCACCCCCGAGCCCCCUUGGAGACACCCCCCCCUCCCAAAAGCCAUGUCCAUCCAGCCCUUCCCCCUCAAACCUAGCACAAAACGGGGUUCACAAGCCAUGGUCGGGGUCCAGGGGGCAGAAAUGGAUUUUCUCGGCAAUAAGCGGACUCUGGGACUCCGGCCCCCUACCCCAAACUGAAGCGCUUCCGUGAACACCCCCGUCCUCCGCAGGGGGAGGGGAGCAGGCGGGAUCCUGGGUCCCUCAUAAGCACUUUGGUUUUACCGCCUGCAACCUCACUGUGCCCGCCCCGCACCAUGCCCCAGCCCCAGGUCUAGAUAGGCCCAUCGCAGGGGGCAGCACUUGGGGGGCAUCUCUGGCACUGGGUGGGACCAAGGAGAUGCCCCCAUAGAUCCUUCCCUCGCCUUCUUCCUCCCCAGUCCGGGUUCCAUUCUUUUCACCAGCACCCAUAGCCCUAGGGGUACCGAGGGGGGCAAGGGGUGUCCAGUCCAAGCCCACCCCCGCCUCGCCUUCCGCAAAACUGUGAGCAAAAAGCAAUAGAAGCCUCGCCCCGGCCCUCCCCUUUCCGCAGGAUGUGCCGAUUCUGUAGCCUUCCCCGUCCCAGCUCCUAGACCUCAUGGCUGUCCUCUUCCACCAGCCACCUCCACAGCACAACUCGGGCGGGGGCGUGACACACACACCCCCAAUCCCACAUGUAGUUUCCGUGUCGUCAGCCUUUCCAGCCGCUGACCCGGGAGGGGGACCAGCCCCCACUGGCCUUCCCCUCCCCAUCAACUUUUUCUGCUUGACAAUGUAGCAACCCCGGCCCCCCACCCACGUUCCUCCCCUUUUCCCUCUCCCUGACAAUAAAGUCUGAAUUCGUUCUGCCCU